AUGUAUAUUUUCGAGGUGUCUCAAAAGCAAACCUGUGUGCUUUUAGGAGCUGCGGCAGCAUCUCGACUUUACGUCGAGGCCAUCAGCAAGUUGGCCCGACAAGCACAGCAAGGAACAUGGGGUGGAUCCUCAGAUAUUGAUUUUGAUCAUUUGUUUGCUGUGAAGCUCUUGGAAAUACGGUUUGCUUCUGUAAAUGUAGGUGGUAAUGAAGUGUGA